ACUUGGUAACGGUGCGCAAACGUCUUCCAAAGGUAAUGGCGGACGAAAAACAAAUGAGUGCACUAUUUAGGCGUAACGAACAAUUGAAACGGUGGGAGGAUUCUGAGACUAAUCGAGUUUCUUCUUCCAUUCGGGAAGAAAGAUUAAGAGUCAAAUUUCAAGAUGGAUGUAUAUUCCUGGCUGCUUGCUCGAGCAGCGAUACGGAAGAAGUUAAGAAACUUUUAGACCGAGGGGCUGACAUAAACACUUCGAAUAUCGACGGUCUUACAGCUUUGCACCAGGCAUGUAUUGAUGACAACCAGGAUAUGGUAGAGUUUCUCGUAGAUAAUGGAGCUGAAGUUGAUGUUUGUGAUAAUGAAGGCUGGACACCAUUACAUGCUACAGCAUCUUGUGGUUUCACAGAAAUAGCCAGAUAUUUGAUCAAGCGUGGAGCUAAUGUAGCAGCUGUAAAUAACGAUGGCGAUUUACCCAUGGAUAUUUGUGAAGAUGAAGAAAUGGAGAAUUUAUUACAGAAAGAAAUGGAUGAACAAGGUAUUGAUGCCGAAUUAGCUCGACAAGAAGAAGAAGAGAGAAUGUUAGCAGACGCUAAUCAAUGGUUAAACAGUAAAAACGUGAAAGAGAAAAAGCAUACAAAGACUGGUGCUACAGCCUUACAUGUCGCCGCAGCUAAAAGUUAUAUAAAAGUCAUGGAGAUAUUAAUACAGGCAGGUGUAGAUGUAAAUGCUCGUGAUAACGAUGGUUGGACGCCAUUACAUGCCGCAGCCCACUGGGGACAAGAAGAAUCCUGUCAAAUUCUCGUAGAUAAUAUGUGUGAUAUGGACAUUAAAAAUAACGCUGGCCAGAGUGCUUUCGAACUGGCUGAUGCGGAAAUGGUUCGUGUUUUAGAAGAUUUAAAGAAAAAACAAAUUACGUUACGCGAUAAAGCCCCUACUGGUGAUGAAAUUAUAUCUACGAAAGGUUCAGCACACAAGAGAAGAAGUUCGGUAACCCGUAUGAGUGGUGAUCAGAAAGCUAACGUGAUAUUAAAAGCAUCUGAAGAAGAACGAGCAGCAUUAUUUAAAACAUCAGAUGAUAAAGAAACACGUCAUAGUGAUGAAGAAGACCAUGAAACAGAACGACAAAAUAAAAUAAACAAAAAGUCCUCGACUACCGCUCCUACGUCUCUUGAGGAGAGACCAACCAUUCUAAAACCGGAAAUGCCAAAAAUAGACGAGGAUGCCGAACUUACCGGAAAACUCCCCACAUCAUCAAGCGUGACACCCACGGUAACUAACGAGGUGAUACAGCCGACAACACCAGUAAUCAAGGUCCCCGAACCUUCACCCCCACCAGCCCCUACACCAGACCCUCCCACACAAACUCCCCCCGUCAAAACUGAAGAACCAGUUGAGCCCCCUACCUCUAAACCAGUAGUCCCUGUCCCCGAACCCACACCAAUAGUCACUCUGACACCCGAGGUUACAGAGGUUACGCCCCCUCGAGAUGAAACCCCUACUCCAGCCCCUGAAACGCCGUCAACCCCGGCAGUGGUAUUAGAGGAAACUGAGGGUCAUUUACGCUUCACAACUACGUCGUCCAUAACUCCCAAGAUCAACGUUUUCAACUGGCGUAGAUCGUUAGAUAAGACUGGUAGUUCUUAUCUACCUAUCGAUAAAACUUUACGCUCACGGUCCACAUCAGAUAUUUACACAAGUGAGAAAGAAGGAAGUCCGCGGUCAAAUAGUACAUCUGCUGUCGAAGAAUCAAAACCAGACAGUUCCAGAUCGAGCGGUUCUUGUUGUACGUCUUCCUCUUCCUCCUUGACAACCUCCCUAACAACUGGUUAUACCUCUAUUAAACCCUAUACAUCAAGUUACAAACCAUACUAUCGUAGGCAACAAGAACAGAACGAACAGCGAGAGAAAUGGAAAGAAGAACUCAAAACAGACCUACUUCCUGCACCCAUUAAAACUCUACCGACACCAACAGUCACUGUGGGAACGUCAUCCACCUCGGCUUCUGUUUCCACGACGUCGGUCUCCUCGGUAACGACUCCAUCAUCAACAACAACAACAACUAGUGUUACCACGCCAACCAGUACAGUAUUAAAACCAGGUUUUAAAUCUUAUGAACCUCCGAAGAGAGACGAGGAAACGGAGACACAGAGACGAGUUAAAGCUAAACGAGCGAGAGAAACCAGGAGGUCAACACAGGGUGUGUCGUUGGAAGAUUUGGAAAAGGCGACAGGCGAAGUUAAAAAGAGUGAUGAUAAAAAUAAAGAUCAGAAAUUAUCUCAGGAUCAGACAGACGCUGCGAAUAGUCGAGUUAGUGCAAAUAUUCCUUCAAGUACUGAAGAUUCAACAACAUCUACACGUAGACGAGCGUGGGAUGAUAAAAAAGAUGAGGAAACGUCGUCUAGAAGUAGCAUACGAAGAACUCGUGAACCGAGAGAUACACUUGCUAACAGUACAGAUUAUACUUCUGCGUACAUACCUCGAAGUCAGCGAAAUGCUUUAUCAACGUCCGAUAUAAAUAAUACUAGUCUAGGGGGCAGCAGUAACCUGUCGCGUUCCAGUUCUACAAGAAGUAGAUUACGGAAUGGGGAAGUCGAAACAAAAGAAGUACCUAAAGAAAAUACAGAAGAAUCUAAAAGAGAUAAAAGUAACAGUGAACGUGGUGAUACACCAGAUGGAGAGAAAAAAGAAACAUCUGCUAUAAGAUCUCGACGAUUACGACGGGAACGUAGAUCAACUGGUAUUGUUGAUUAUAAUCCAGAGAAUGAAGAAGGUGAAAAAGAAAAAGAAAAUAAACCAGAUGAAGAUAAAAAAGAGUCAGAGGAUAUGGUUUUUGAUAAGUUAGCAGUUCUGCGUAACUCAUUGAGAAGAUAUAAUUUGUCAUCAAGACCGUAUUCAGGUAGUGGAACGUCGAGUUAUGGUACGUCUGAUAGUGGACGAUAUUCAUCACGACCUGCUAGCUCUUAUAAUGAAUAUUCACGCUCCACAACCUCAUUAGAUUCAGAUUAUAAAAAGUUAUAUGAAGAAGAGAAAUCCAGUAAUGAAAAAUUACGAAAGGAAUUAGAGCAGUGUAAACAAGAAUUAAGAGAUGCUAAGAAAGAAUUAGAUCGGGUCAUGAGAAAAAAUAAUGAUCGAACGGAAGUUACCAACGACAAACGGGAAAAACGAGCUUUAGAAAGAAAGUUAUCUGAAAUGGAGGAAGAACUUAAGAAAAUGGAAGUUUUAAAGAAUGACAAUGCCCGAUUGAAAGAAGAAAAUGGUGCUCUUAUUCGUGUUAUAAGUAAACUGUCGAAAUAGAUGAAAUAAAAUAACUCACUGCUUUGUAUUAACCAGCUCAAAAAGGUUUUUAAAAAAAAAAUAAAGAGACAGAAAAAAUGAUGAAAAAACGCUUCGUCACAGAUCACCAUCAUAGAUAACCUCUUCGCUCUUCCAUCAAACAUCAUUGAAAUCACCAUCUGCUACAGAGACUUACAGAUCUGGUCUACUUCAUCGCCACUCGCGAUUCGUCGCCAUUUUCUUUAUCUGGGUCACAUGUUGUUCCCUUAUCGGCCAAUCAGGACAUAGAUUCUAUCGUUCGAUCAGCAAUCAUCUUUGACGUUUAUGACAGAUGCGGUUUGAUCGAUUGAAUCUAGUGUCGAGUUAGUUUAGAGUUUCUCCCCCUCCUCCUCCUCCUUUCUAUCUAUCCUUACUUCUAUCCUUCCUUACCUCUUCGCUAUCCUUACUUCCUUCCUUUCUCGACUAUCUAUGACUGGAUAACCUAUUAUUAGACCCUUGAAGAGAUAAAUUCGGACAUAUCUAUUUAAACAUUAAUCGUUGUGAAAUAUGUUUCAAUUCAUAAUAAAUGUGCUUAAUAAGCACUCUUGAAUUCACGGCGCUGGUUUUGGAUAUAUUUGCAGUCAUGACCAACAGGGAAAUUGGCCAGCUGGAGAACCUUAAUGUCUGUCAAUGUAGACAUGACAAAAUUGAAAUUCCAAACACAAUAAAUAGGCCUACAGUUACAUUUAUAGUUUUUAUGAAUCCGAAUUGGAUUAAAACUAUUUUCAACGUAUGAAUAUAUCAGCUUUAAUUUGGGUUAUCCAGUCUUAAUUUAUUACUGUAGACAUAGUCAGCAAAACACCGUACAAAAUUUCAUCAAAAUUAUUGAAAGAAAUCGUCUUGAGGAUGAAAGAACAACAUACAAAAUGGCGCUUUCGUUGCAAGGUGCAACAAAUAAUUUUUAUGUAAAUUUGCACGAAUGCGGGUGACGCGAGUUUGAACUGUUCGAGAAUUUCAUGUGAUCUAUUUAUUCGUUUGAUUAAAAUGGUAAAAAAAAAGUUUAGGAGCGGAGAGAAAAAUAAAAAACCUUUUUGGUGGCUAUCAAUAACUUGUUCGUGAGUAAAUUUUACGAGAAUAACAUUAGGAAAUAAGAUUAAAAUUAAUUAAUUGUUACAUUGUAUUUUCGUACACUUUUGUCAUAUUUUAUUCAAAAUUUGUGGUGAUUUAUUGAAAAAUUAAAUGAAUUUAUGGCAAUUUCUUGCAGAUAUAAGAUAAUAGAUAAUACAUGUGCAGAGUGGCAUGUCAUUGAAAAAGCAUUCUAAGAGUUAUCCCCCUUUUUUUUACGAUUACAUAUAUAUUUAGAGUUCUUGUUUAUUGGUUGAUAGUUUUGGAACUUCUGAAUGAUUCAAAUUAAAACAUUUGCAUACAAUUUUCCAUAUGAAGAACUCUGAUUGGUUCAAAACAAAAAUUUGCAUACAAUUAUCCAUGUGAAGAACUCUGAUUGGUUCAAAACACAAUAUUUGCAUACAGUUGUCCAUGUGGAGAACACUGAUUGGUUCAAAACAAAAAUUUGCAUACAGUUGUCCAUGGGGAGAACUCUGGUUCAAAACAAAAUAUUUGCAUACAAUUAUCCAUGUGGAAAACUUGUGAUUGGCUUAAAAUAAAACAUUUGUAUAUAAUUGCCAUAUUGAUAAAAAAAAAAAAAACCCACCGAAUUAAGGCAAAUCACCAUUCUUGAUCUUGUGUUAUUAAUAAUAAUUAGAAUUAAAUUUAAAUAGAAUUGUUGAAGCUUUUGUUAAAUUAAACUUUGUGAAUUCCUGGGGUUUUUUUGCUAUUUUACUAAUCAAAUGGAUAGAUAUUAUCAAUGGAAUUCUUGUGGUUUAUGUGGAUUUAUAUUUUUUUCGUGUUGUAUGGUAAAAGAGUAUAUAGUAUCAGUCUGCGUUGCGUGCUCCGUGUGAUUUGGUAAUUGAAUAAAUAAAAAAUGUGAAAAUUAAUAUUUUUACACAAUCAUUAAAAACAUUAGUUAGCAACGAUUUAGAUUGACGAUAUUAUUGUCAAUAUUUUUUUACGUAAAUAGCUAUGUAUACAAUUAUAAUAAAUCUAUAAUAGGAAAAAUACUUAAAAAAAAUAUAUACAAAAUUUUAAAAAAAAACAAAAAACAGUGAUUUGCACUGUAUGUGUUUUGACUUACUCUAAUAUUUCUUUUUCUCCUCUUCUUUCGCUUUUCAAAAAUUGUAAAUCUUUUAGGUUUACUUUUUGAUUUUUUUUUUUUUUUUUUUCACAGUUUUCAAUCCAGGGAAAAAAAUCUUGGAUUAUCUCCCUUGAAUUGUUACUGUGAAUUACCUCCCUUGUAAGAAUAGAUUAUUUUUUGGUGUGUUGAUUACAGUGCUACGAAAACACAUGUGUUUUUUGUUGAGGAUCUUUUUAUUUCGAAUUAAAAAAAAAAAAAAAUCCUAUUCUUUAAGGGAGGCUUUUGUUUUUCUUGAUUUUCUUGGGGAGAUAUUUUUGAAUUUUAAAGAACUACAACUCUUGUAACUUAUAAAAAUUUGGCCUGAUAUUCGAAAGUGGAUACAACCAUGUUGACCUAGUUAUUUUCUAUUGGAGACGAUAGAUAAUAAGCAUAUAUGAGAAUAUGGUAUGUUUUUGUUUAAAAGUUUUUGUGUAAUGUGUACUAUAAGUAUAAUAUUCAUUUAGAUAAUAUGUGAAAUUAGUUUUUGUUCAUGAAAAAAAAAAAAAUGGUGGUUUAUUUAGUGAAAAAAAUGAAUGACUGGACGUCCAGUGAUAAAGAGGUAAGUCUUGUAUAUCCAGGCACACAACAUGACAAUAAUGUAUUGGCUUUAUUAUGUAAGAUAUAUAUAUGUUACCUUGGUGCUAAUUAGUUUAAGUUGUUGUAAUAUUAUUAUUAUUAUUAUUAUGGGAUGGAUACCAGUAGACAUAUAUUAAUAUUAUUAGGCAUUGAAGCAUAGAUACUGCUUACAUGUAGAAGUUCCACAACUUAAGGAAUAGCUUGACCAUUACCUUGAUAGUGUGGAGCUGAUUGUAUUAUUAUGGUGAAUAUUGAUUACACUUGUUGUCAGUUAACUUUGAUUGGUCUUAACAAAGGGUAGAUAACUCUUCAGGGAAGCAGGGAAGAUAACUCUUCAGGGAAGAUAACUCUUGUCUGUAUAAAUGCACAGUGUUACUAGUUAGCUAUAUUUACUCCUCGAAUGAGAAAUGUUAUCACAAUCAAAGUAUAUUGUAAAGUAAGAAAUAAAUGUGUUAUGUACGAACUAUCAACAAAUUCCUCUUCCAUGACAAUUUCCGUUAGAAAUAAUUCGGCGUGAGAAUGUGGAAUCGGUUGAUGUUUUUAUACGAUAAUUAAACUUGUGGGUUAUUGAUUUAUUCAAUGUACGAAUCACAGGGACUCUGAAAAAAAAACCUGGCCAGAAAUGUUAAUGACUGUGCUAAAUUCUUGCAUAUCGUAUGUAAUCAUUGAAUGAGAAUUACUAUUUAUUAGGGGGGGGGGGGGGGUAGUGGUUUAACGCGUGCUCAUAAAAAAUCAUAAAGUCUUUCAUUGAGUCAAGUGGUGUGGUUUCGAUUCCUAGCUUGUACGUGACAAGGAGUAAAAUCACAUGCCCAACCUUGUGGGUUUAUUCCGGGUCUUCCGGUUUCCUCCCACUGCUAAAGACCCCUAUGCACAAGCGAAUUAUUGAAAUGAAGUUGAACCAUAUGUUAGUUCCAAAAUGACCUAGUUUGUGUCGAGUGGGCGUUAAAACUCCAUUUUUCUCCUUAUGUUAGUCUCAAAAUGAUGGAGAAAUAUUCAACCCCAUCCCAUCUUUGCACAAAAAAGUCUCUCUGAUGUAUUUUGGUCGCCCUGGUUUCAAAUUUAAACUACUGUAGUAAUAAUGAACCCGUUGUAAUUUAGCCGAAAGUAGAUUGAUUUAUGAUAUCAUAGUGGUUGGUUCAUGGUUUUACCAAUUGACUUUUUCAACCAUCAAGCAAGUUAACCUGACAAUGAGCCAAUUAAAAUCCCUGCUUUGAAUACAUAUUUAUGACAAAAUCGUACUUACUGCAUUUAUUUCAAAUUUUACAGAAUUUACAUGACACAAGAAUUGAAUAUUUACACCAAGAGUUUGUUUGUGUGUAUAAAUUAAACAUGUAUUAUUAUUAUUAUUAUUAUUGUGUGUAAGACAUUACACAAUGGAUUUUUUUGUAUUUUUUUCAUGUAACUUAGAUUGUGUUGUGGUGAAGUUUACGUCCGUAAUGUGUACAAGAAUAUGGUUAUGUGUAUGUAGUAAAAUAUUAUAAAAGUUAUUGGCGAUUUGAAUGCAUUGAAAUCGGACAGAAUUGUCUGUUGAUGGACUUUAUUUAAGUCUUUGAAAAGAAGGAUUUUUUUCAUCGUUUGUUGAUUUGUAAUUAGGAAAAAAAACAAUAUUUAUGUCCUUGGCAGAUGUUCCUGUACUUCAAAAUUAUUUAAUACAUUUAGGACCUGCUGAACAAAUACCGAAUUGAAUUAAAUAUUAGGACCUGCUGAACAAAUACCAAAUUGAAUUGAAUAUUAAUUCAAAAGUGCUAUUAAAAAAAACCCUAUAAAUCUUGUAGUAUUUUUAUGUAAAGGAAAAUGAUUAAUUACAGAAUUCUGAUGUUUGAGUCAACUGACUUCACCUUUAACAAGACUGCGGGUGAAGGGAAUACUACGCCCUGUAUGGACUCUUUACUUUAUAAGAACAAGUGUUAGGGCUGUCUCUGUCUGUCAAUAGGGUUUAACAUCCGCUUCCACCUAGGGUGAUAUCGCAGACAAGAACAUUAUGGCUAGGUUCCUGUGUAUUUAUAUCCAAUAUAGAAACCUAAUUCAGUAAUUGCAUGUUAGUGUAAGUUUCGCACGUGCCUUUUUGCCUUGUAUAUUGUCAACUAUGAUGAACGUGUAUGCAUGCAUGCGUGCGUUGUUGAGUGUGUGUGUGUGUGUGUGUGCACACAUUUCAUUAUUAAGUGUGUCAGCCUUGAGAUUAUCAAACUGUAAAUUAUAAAUAGACAUUUAUUUUUUCAUUUCACGAUUUUUUUGCACCGUUUGUAAAUUGUAAAUAUGUAAAUAAGCGUGAGCGAAGACCGCAUGUAUAUAAGUAUGAUGUAUAUUUCCAUUGAGUAUAUUUAUUAUAGCUUGACCCCUUUUACGAUUAAUAUGUAACACAUGGUAUGUGCAUGUAUGUAUUUAAAACAAAUAGUCAUUUUACACGUGCAUUACAUGUGCAUGGUUAUAUAACAGUCAUAUUUCGUGUGUAUAACAUGUGUUUGUGUUGUAAUCUAUUAUUGAACAUGUGUCUUCAUGUUUAUUGCAGUGCUUAACAUUAAAUACAAAUGCAUGUGCAAUAAUUAUAAAGAAAGAGCAAAGUUGUUUGUGUGUGUGUGUGCGCAAGGGUUUGACUACAGAGAUUCAUAUAAGAGGAUUGUUUGUGAUGUAUCUCUCGUCAAGUCCCUGCGGUUUUGUUUAAUUUAAAUAUUCGUGAAUUACGUUAAUCUUAUAUAUUCCAUUUCUGUUUCAAACUUAAAAACUAUUGGAUGAAUAUAAUGAACAAGGUAUUGAAUGAACUUUGACCUUUAAGCCUUGUUCUAUAUUUAGACCUUGUUGGAAUAACCCAGGGAGCAAACAAGAUAAAAGCUAAAUUAACAAAGCAAAAGAAACCAAAGCGAAAGUAGAAAGUUGGAGAUCGAGUGUUGGUGUUAAGCUGAUGACUUUUAUACCCCAAUAAAAGUUUAUGAAGCUUGUCGUGUUGAUAACUUGUGGAUGGAAUUUAUUUUUUUAAAAAUAUUUGGUCUUCCCAUUUAUUUUUUCGAAUGAAAAUACGCUAUAUGAUUUUUAUUGAUAUUCUAAAAGAAGUUUUGACAUUGCUUGGUUUUGGUUUUUUGUUUGUCUUCCUGUGUUAAGAAAUGUUGGUACUGAUGUGUUACAGCAUUUCUCAUAGACUAAAACAUCCAGACAAAUAUUGAUUUAUUUAACUGGAUGUCUUGGACUACUGCAAGGUUUAACAAUCACAAAACGAAAAUUAUCUGAACAGGUGGACCAACAUGGUCGACUUUCAAACGGCGCAAGUUACAGACUUGAAAUGUUGUUAGAUAGGUGCUGACAUCUGGAUAGUAUGCACCAGUUGCUUCUCAUCUCGUCGGCUAAUGAUUUCGGCCAGAACAGACUUGCUCUAUGCGCAGCACUGAUCCUCCCGUCGACCCCCGGCUUUUUCGUCAUUCGUUGACGGGAGAUCACCUUUGCAUGUACUGACCUUUAUUGAUUUGCUUGACGUGACGAAGUUCGUCUCCUUGAAUGACAUGUUGGAUUCAAGGCUUGUAUAGUAUUAAUAUCGUCUUCGCCUUCCUGCAACGUGGCAUGUCUGUAACUCAAACUAACGCAGGACUCGACAUGCCCACACACAUCUCAUUCUCGUGACAAGGGGGGAUAACUCAUUCUGAAACAUCUGAUACCACUUCUGAGUGUCGAAAGACAGCUCAUUCUCGUGACAAGAAUGUUCAGGGCAUUAAACUAGAACGUUAUAGAGCAAGAAGAAUCUCAAAAUUAGCGUGUAUGGGAGUGGUGUUAGAUGUUCUGGGAAUGAUGUAUAUCCUGCCUAAAGUAUGAGACCUGUCGAUUGUCCAUUAAACUUCAAUUCGAGGCUGAAAAAUACAUAACACUUUUUGUGCCAUGUUUUUUAAGCCAUGAGUUGUUUUUUUGGCCAGUUGUGUCGGUAAUGUGUAUUGGUUUUCGAGUCCUGUAAAACUGCUAGUUGUUUUUGUCAUGCUCGAUAUCAUGUUUCUGUUGCUGCAGUCGGUGAUCUUUCGAGACAUUUGGUGUUGCUGUGAAACCAGCAGCUCCCCCUGCCUUUGAUUGACGUCGAUUGACUCGCCCCCUCGGAUGACAUGCUGGAUCCGGGGUUUACUUAAUGUUCAUCAUGCUACGAAAACAACUUGAACCAUUUACAAAUUUAUGUUUUUGUUUCGUUGUAAGCCUUUCUGAAAACUGGGUUAUCUCCCUUUGAUGUCUUUCUGAAGACAUGGACUUUAGAUAGCCUUGAACGAAGAGUUAUUAAAUGUUGAAAUCUUCCAUUUACCAGAUAUCUAGGCCAGUUUUAUUCUUUAAGGGGAGAUAACUCUCACAUGUGCAAUAAGGGGAGUUAAUCCAGUAUUCAGAAAGGUGUAUUUGUUUUGUCUGUUAUUAGUUAUAAUCCAUGUUAUUUGCAUUAGGGGUCUUGAUAUAAUAAAUAUCCCCCUAUAUGCAAAUAUCUAUCAGAUUAUACUUGUAUAUUUCACAAUAUUCAGAAAAUAGUUUUAGUAAUUUGUAGGACCGACACUGUCGAUCUCUCAGUGGAUUGUCUGACUGCUCUCAAAUUUUUCACAUCCUCUAAUAAGAAGACAGACAAAUCACGUCGUAGAUCUGUCACAAUUAGCUCGGCAUUAUUUCAAGCCCUGAUUGUCAUAGUCUUUUUUACGUUGAUCUCGACAGAACGAAAGAUAACAUCAAAUAUUUUGUGGCCGUUGUGUAAAAAAACAGACUGUUUUCUGAAUUUUGUGGAAUCAAAUGCACGUUCCUCUCUGUUUCCUUUCGUUGUUUUGACAAAUGAACGAUUAUGAAAGAGCUCUACCCUCUUCAUCCAUCGAUUCUUGGCGACAAUAGAAACGACGAGGAAAGCAUCUCUUAAUCCAUCUUAAUUUCAAAAAAAACAAAAACAUUUAAUUUUUUAAAUUAAGAUCGGAUUCUGUGUUUCAGGUUUAUUUGUCCUGCAUAAUAAUUCCAUAAGAUGAAUUAGAUAAUUUAGAUUUACGAACAUUGCAACAAAUAAUAACCAAGGCCACAAAAUAUUUGGGGGGGGGGGGGAAAUUAAAAAAACGUUCCUAUUCGCUUAUGGAAUUGUGAUGCAUAUUGUUGUUGUUUUUUUUGUAUACAAAUUUGUGAGAUGCAAUUCGCUUUUUGUUAAGAUGCCUAAAUUUAGACUGUGAUGUAAAACUAUGCUACUGGUAUCCAUUUUAAUUUAUCUUAUAUUCUGGAAGGAUCUUAGUUAAAAAUAUUUGAAUGUUGAAAAGCCAAUUACAGAUUGAUUAUGAUUGAUAUGCCAAGGGAGGUAACUUGUGAUAGAAGGGGCAUAACUCUUUGUAAAGAGGACAGCAAAAAUAGCAAUAUAUUUAUUGAACUUCUAGAAAUAGCAAUACACAAAAAACACAUACUUAUUCUAGAAAUAGGUUUACUGUCUAUUUUACGAAGAGGGAAGUAACUCUGACAGAAGGGACAUAAAACAGAAAUAUAUUAAUGAAACGGCUGUAAAGGGAUUUAAUGUUUAUUUAAUGCCACGGGAGAUAGCUCGAGUAGAAGAAACAUAAACUCCCUGCUCAGUAACUGGGACAGAAAAUAGCUACAUAUGUAUAAAAUUCUGCUAUAAAGAGUUUUGAUGUCUAUUUGACAUCAAGGGAGAUAACCCUGGCCGGCGGGACGUAACUCUCUGUUUGAGUAAAGAGGACGAAAAAUAGCAAUAUAUUUACGAAACUUCUGCUACAAGGGUUCACGUCCAUUUCAUAUCAAGGAAGAUAACUCUGUAGGGGGAGACAACUAAUGUGUCUUUAUUAUUCCCCUUGCGUAAUUAACAUAUUAAGAAUUUGAAUUGUGAUGAGAAUAUUCACCUGUAGAUAAUGUUUAGGAAUGUUGAUAUUUAUGUUGAUGUGCCUGGAUGAUAAAGACUAAUACUGGUCACUGGAUAAUAGUUAUAUAGAACCACCGACUGUGAAAGAACGAUAUUGGUAGGAAUGUAAAUUGAUAAAGAAACACUUAUAUCUAUUACUUUACCCUUGUAAUUAAAUAUGUUGUAUACUCCCA